AUGGCAAAUCUCUGGUGGUACUGCUGCGCAUGCAAUUAUGCCUACAAUUUGCCAAUAAAUGAUUUUUGCUCCCAGUGUGGACAAUAUCGAUACCCCAACGAGAAAAUCGAAAAGACCCCGCUAAUGUUGCCGACGACACCGAGGUUGACAGGUGAAGAUAGACCAACCGAGCAGGAAACCACAAGAAAAGCCCCGAGCUACUCCGCCAGUGACAAGGAGAGGUUGCAGCCACAGACCACCCAAGAAGAAGCAGUCGACAGCACCGUAUCAUCCAGCAAGGAUCCUGGUAUGCCAAAGUGGCUGCUUCAGAGUUUUGAAUCAGGACGUGAAUUAUUCCGGCGAGGAACUACUACUAGGACAGAUACCUCGCCUGAUAACCCCAUGGACGACAUUCGGAGUGAACGUUCUCCUACGCCUCAAGGUUCCUCGUCCUCAGUUCGACCCGAGUAUAGUAGCACCAGUUCCAUCGUCUACUCCUUAUCACUGGGAUUUAUUCUGGCAGAUUGGGUCCGCGAGCAGUUUUCUUGCGGUGUUUAA